AUGGCGCCGCAGUCGUCGUACACGGACAAGAGCGACCUGCGCGCGUUGACGCUCGUGUCCGCCAUGUCCUCUGUGCUGUCCAUCAUUGGCGCCUUCUACAUCAUCGGCCGCUAUUGGUACGCGCGCCGACUCAAAGCCAAGUUGCUCUCCGUGUACGCCGCCUCGCCCCAUCAUCUCGACGUGACGAAGGAGCUCAUCCACGUCAUUGCGUACCUGGACCUGUUUGGCGCGACGGGGCGCGCGUGGGGCGUACUGCCGACCGAGACGUUCGACCAGCAAGCAGGCGAACCUGUGACCUCCGUGUGCAAGCUGCAAGCUUUCCUGAUUACGUUUGGAGAUGGCGCUCCAAUUGCGUGGAACUUUAUCAUGACGCUCAAUUUGUACCGCUGGGUGUGUAUGGGCGAGGACCAGCAAAUGCUCAUGAAAAAGAUCAAGUGGUACAUUGCCAGCACGAUGCUGAUCGCCCUAGGCAUCCCCACUGUGUGCCUCAUCUGUAACAAGUUUGGUGACGCAGGUCUCUGGUGCUGGGUCGUGGUCGAACACGACUCGACCCAGGAACUCUGGUGGAUGUUUGGUGCCCUUUACUUCUGGGUCAUCGUAGGUGGCAGUGCCAUGACUGUUUUCCUCGUGCUCGUCAAGACAAAUAUGAAGAGGAGACUCAAGACGCACGUCAACGAAGAUGCGAACGAUGCUUAUUACGCAGUGGUGCACAACCUCACCCUCUACGUUUCAAGUUUCAUUUUUUGCUGGCUGCCGGCCGUGGUGCACCGUGCUUAUGCUAGCUAUACGGGCAAGUCGUCGUUCACACUAGACUUGCUGCAUGCAGCAAUCGUGCCGCUCCAAGGCUUUAUAAACGCUGUCAUUUAUGGCAAGUUCCACAUCUGGGUCGUCCGUCACGUUCGCGAGCCCUGGAUCAGUAGCGGUGCAUUGUCUACGAAGAACAGCAAGGUCGUAGACGGCAUGCUGCGACAAUCGGUGCUAUUGCGAGAACAGGAGCGCCAGCACAUGGGCACAGUGGCCAUCUUUGUUACAACUUUUGACAUGAACUGGUCGCCGUGUCCUUUAAAUUUGGAGGAUUGGAUCCCGGCAGGAAAAGAUCUGUAUGUAUUUUCACUACAACAUUGUGUGGAAGUGCAAGCCAUAGAGCAGGUGAUCCGAGGGUAUCUUCUACAGGUGAAUUACCCCAUUGCCUAUCGAUCCAUUACGUCAAUUGCUGGAACAGCGGUGCGAGGCCACGUUCAAGAUGCGUCCGUGUGUCAAAUUGUGUUUGUAAACAAUGCCGACGAUACUAGCGGUAACGUGAAGCUCGAUGCAGCGGAUGGACGUAUCUGGGCCCAGCGAAAGACAUUCGAUGAGGUAGUUGGCAUCCCCAUCCGAUACUUCGGUGUGUCUAUUGCAUUCGUUUCGUGCAACCUCAGCACUUCAAUCUCCAACGGCUCACAGCGACUCGAUCGACCCAUGGAAGGCGGGUUGUACGCGAAGCAUGCGGUCGCCUCGAGCCUCAUUCACUCCUUUUGCAUGGACGCGGACCGAGCAGCAGUGGACUUUCCGAAUUUGUAUCACCACACGAUCGUUUCUGGAAACUUGAAUUACGAUAUCGAUAUGUCAACAUCGAUGCUGACAGCAGCAAUCGACCAAGCAUACAAGGCUGCAUCUUUGCAGAGUGCAACGGAUAUCGCGAUCGACGCCCAAAUCAAAGCAGUUUGCGAUUCAGAGACCAGCAAUAGCAAGAAGAAUGCAACUUCCCAACUCGACGACUUUGAGGUGGAGGAAAGCUACGGUUGCCCUGGACGGAGUUUCCGGCGAAGCAGUCCUAGAUCUUCGUCGUCAGCGAGCGAUGACGGCAGGUACGAGGAGGUUUACACUUUUUGUGAGGAUGGCAUUCCAAUUACCAUGCUCAAGUCACCCACUAAGGACCAACAGCAACUGAGUCCUCGCAAGGUCCGUGCGGACGAGCGAGAUGCAGACAGUGCGGCAAUUAUCAUCCACGAAGAGGAUGGAGAAAUCGAUGAGACCUUUUGGCCGACUGAUUGGGCUUCUUUCUUGGACAGCCAACUACCGACACAUGCUCCUGAAAACCGUCGGGCGAUAUCUGUCCUAGCUUGCAAACAUCGCGCCAUGGAUCGCCAGGCAUGUAGCGACCACUUUACACCACGGAACUACAAGAAGAUCCGAGAUUUGAUGGCGAAGUCGGAUCUUGUGACUGAGAAUACGGCUCGCAAGUGGCUGGAAGUGCUUCGUUACGACGAGCUGCGGGCAUCAAUCGAGGCGAAAGAAAUUUUCACUGGAUUCGAAGAGCCUCCGAUUCAGUUCUUGCCUUCCUUUCCACGCAAGAUCGGUGUGGCUGCUUCGUUUUCAAUGGUCGGUGAGCCCUCGUGCCAAGAACUGUUUUGCGAAACCAACGGGGAAACGCUUGGCAAGGAGUGUCGGCCGGCGUACAAGGACCGUGUCAUGAUACACUCCUUGAACGAUACCAAGCAGCGGAUCAGGAACGUCGGCUACUGGUCGUGUGAGGACAUUGUAACGUCCACUCACAAACCGGUUUGUAGCAUCUACGAGCUCGAGAUCGACCGUUACUUCUCUUAUAAACUGGACGAAGCUGCAGUUGCAGACUUGCGGCAGGGCAACUAUGCUUUACGCGACAAAAAAGACGUGCAUGAGUUCAAGAUUAAGCUAGUGAAGCUGGAUGCAAACAUCUGGACGUACGGAGAGCGUGACUGUGGUUCAUUCGUGCAGGUCAAUGGACAUCGCCGGCGCGGGCAUGAAUCAGCUCACUCGAGUAAUCACACCACAGGUAGACACAGCAGUCAUGAUGUGAUUCACUCGAGCAGCAGAGCAAGUAGCACUGGAUCGUCUCGACACAGUGUCCAGUUGCUGGUGAAUUCCAGGAAGCCAUCGAUUGCACAAGCGGUCGCACGUGUGCUGCGAACGAGUCGACUACGCCCCCGCAGCACUGCAAGUUCGAGAACAGGCACAUUCAACCAGCACUCGGAUCACACGGCUGGGCUGGCGGUAGCAGCACAGCCUUUAGCCGAGAUCAGCGACCGUCUUUCCGCCCUCGCAGCUCCUCGAAAUGAGCUGAUACCAGUGGAGCCCGUAAGUAUCUCGACCAUUUUCCCUUUACCGUCAGAGGAUAUCUACGCUCUUCAGCGAAAAGUGUACGAAGUCGCCCACUUGGUGCAGAAUGGCUUUCAGUCCAGCGCCCGUGUGGACGACGAUGAGGAGUCCCAGUUGGCCUACACGAACUUCCGCACAGUGGCGUGGAAGGAGGCAAUGUCCAAUGGGGUGACGCACUCGGCCAUUACCAAGGCAGUAAACGGCGGAGUGCACAUCGCGAUCAGUAUCGAAGCCGAAAAGGGGUUUGGCGGUCAAGGCGUGUUAUGCCUGAAAGAGUCGGACUUGAUCACGCACGCCGCGCCUGUGAUUUGCGAGGCUGUGCCGAUCCCGUUCGAUGUGAUUUUGACGUGGGGAGGCAGGCACGUCGGCUAUCUUCAUGGCGAUGUCUUGUGCUCUAUGUAG